GUGGCCCCCGGGCUGAUUAAAGAGAGAGAGAGAGAGAGAGAGAGACCCCAACUCUCUCCAUCGAUCUGCUUCCCCGCCCGCGUCCUUCUCUCGAUCGAUCGAGCGAAACGCCGCGCGACUCCGCGACUCCCUCUCACGCCUCUAAAACAGCAACCGCACGCACGCACGGACGAACGGUGGUGGAGACUGAAGGAGAUCGAGAGGCCGAUCCGACCGAUGGCCGGCGACGAGUGGCGCUGCCGGAAGCACCCGGCGCCGCCCUGCGGCGGCGUGUGCCCGUACUGCCUCCGCGACCGCCUGCUCCGGCUCUGCCCCGAGUGCGCGCACGCGCGGCCCUGCCCCUGCGCCGCGUCGUCCUCGUCCCCGUCCUCCUCGUCCUCCUCCGCGGCCUCCGGCAGCGCCGCGGUGGUCGGGAGGGUGUACAGCCUCAUCGAGCGGGAGCGGCGGAUGGGACUGCGGUCCCGAUCCGUCGCCGCGGGCGGCGGCGGCGGCGGCCGCGGCAUCGUCGUCAGGGACGAGAGGCCCAAGUCGAGGGCGUUUGGGUGGGUGUCGUUCCGGAAGGCGACGUCGGACAGGGUCGUGGAGGUGGACGACGGGGCGGCAUUGGCGCGGUCGAGCUCGGUGUCGGCGACGGCCGUGGAGACGAGGGCGCCUCCCAAGUCGAGAGGGUGGGGGCGGUUCAUCCCGGGCUCGAUCAAGGCGCUGCGCCACCGCAAGUCCCGCGCCGCCGGCGAUUGCCGCGAGGGUGUCAGGUGAGAUCGCCCGAUCGGCGCGUGAAUGCGUGAUCAUUCCGGGCGAUUUUCGCAGCAGCGUGGAGGAUCUAAUCAUCAUCAUCAUUCGGUUGGUGCUUUCUGUGCGCUUACGAUGCCGUUAAUUAAUUUGCUGAUUAAAUCUGUUUGUCCCCCCCCCCCCCUGUAAUCUGAGGAUCCGAGCUGAUUUUGGUGUCACAAGAAAAGAGGGUGUAAAUAUUUGAUGUGAGUUCAUUAGCGUUCACAAUGGGUGAUUGGGUGUUCUAAUAAACAGGCUGUUUUGAUCUUUUGUAAUCCGAUGACGCGUUGGUGUU